UUGCCUCUUUUAAGCAAUUUAUGUAUUUGGGUUUGCCAUAAACAUGUCUGCAUAUAUUAACAAGACCGCAACAUGUGGCAGCGGUGCCGGUCGUUGCAAGCAAAAACCCAUUUCACUGAGCGCCUUUCAUGAACAGCUCGAGAAGGCGGAGAACGAAAUGAGUGUAAACAAGGCCAAAUCUGCUCCAGCGGCAUCUUUACCAACAGUUCGAGCUUUAACUUCAAGUCCAACUUCAAAAACCAAUAAACAAGUGAACACGCUCCACACUAAAGCACAUGACAUUCCAAUUGGCAAUGGCUCAACCAUGCCUGAAGCUGUAGUCUCAGAUAGUCUUCGCGGCGGUCGUCGUGGACGUCGACAUUGUUCCCAUCGCGGUCGCUCCUGUCCACGCCUGCUCACGCCCACACGCGAGGUGCCCCACGAGCUGCAAAAGGUGGAUCGCAUGACAUCCUCGGAUUUCCGCCAUGAUUUCGCCGCACAUUUGGAGAAUAUGCGCACGCGGCAGAAGGAUCAGGAACACAUGCGUUUCUUUCAAUUGGCAAUGCAGGAGAAUCGUCAUCUGUUUGCUGGAAAAACUGUACUAAUCCUCGCCUGCGGCACAGGCACUUUGGCUUUGAUGGCCGUACGUGCGGGUGCCAAAAUGGUCUUUGCUCUGGACCACUCCCAGGUGACGGAUUAUGCACGGCUCGUUGUACAAGCAAAUAAGAUGGAGCACGUUGUAAAGGUGCUUCAUGGCAGAGUGGAAGAUGUGAAGCUGCCCCAACGCGUGGAUGGCAUUGUUUGCAACUGGAUGGGUCAGUGUCUGCUAUACGAAUCAGAGCUACUGGAGCUAAUCCAAGCACGCGAUCGUUGGCUUAAGCCUGAAGGCUUCAUUCUGCCCGAUCUGGGUGCACUUUAUCUGCUAGCUGGAGCAGAGCACCUGCUGAAGAACGAGCGCUGCGAUUGGUGGCUGGAUGUCUAUGGCUUCAAUAUGAACGCCCUGCGACGCUACGCACUGGCCGAGCCACGAUUUGCCAGGACAACGGGCGAGCGUGUGCUCACAUCGGCUGAGCAAGUUUUGUGCCUGGAUUUGCGUACAGCCUCUCGAGAAGAUUUGCAUAUCGAUCGGAAGAUUCAGUUGACAGUGCACCAGGACGGCUAUUGCGAGUGUUUCGUGCUCUACUUCGAUGUGUCCUUCAGUCGCGCUCAUCUGCCGCUCCAGCUGAGCUGCAAUCCCUGUUUGAAUACAUCUCUCAAGUCGCUGUGGUACCAGACGCUACUCUUCGUGGAGCAGCCGUUCAUCAUGCGCACCAAGUCUAUAUAUACGGGUCGCCUGAUCUUUCGACCUUGGCCCAGCUUUCAGCGCAUGAAAAUCCACGUUGAGCUGACUGCGGGCUCAGCGGAUGGCAUUCAAUGGAGUCCGCUGGUGCACAAGAGUUGGCUGCUAACGUCGCGCUUUCAGACUGUCGCGGAGGUGGCUCAAUGCCAGGACUUGCUUAACUAA